GCUAUCUGGUUGCCUGGCAACGGCAGGGCCCGCCGCGAUGGAGGCGGCCGACAGCAGGGAGCGCCAAGCCAGGGAUUAUUUGGAAAAACAUCGGAUCAUGGAGCUGCUGAGACAUCUCACCAGCGUCCUCCUCUUUGUCCGGCCGGAAAAACCAAGAGAAUAUUUAAUAUCUCAACUGGAACGUCUGCGAAUUGCCAAAGAAACAGGCGUAGCUUUUCCUUUCUUUUUGGAUAACUCCAACAUUGUGGCUAUGUUUGAGAUAAUGGACUCCUCCAACAAAGGCUCCAUAUCAUUUGUGCAAUAUAAAGAAGCCCUAAAAACCCUGGGUCUGUGUAAGGAAGAUGAAGUUUUAAAAGAUGAUGGACAUGCAAUAACUUUGGAGAAAUUCAGGAAUGAAGUGAACAAGAGGACUCAGGAAAUAUGGUUGGCAUUUUAGUAUCACCACAAAAAGUCUGAGAAUUAAUUGAUUGUGUAAGAGUUUUUAGUUAUCCAGUUCAUUAAGUCAGAACCUCAUCACAUCAUUUGAAAUCCAACCGACUUCCUCUAUGUAUAAAAAAUAAAAAAAUUCUGAAAGACAUGUUA